UUUGGGGCUCAGUCUGAGUCCGCCAAGGACGAUACGGUGGGGGCGUUGGAGGAGGAGGAGGAGGAGGAGGAGGAGGAGGUCGGGUGCCCGCUCCGCUCGCCUCCGGCGCCGGGCCCCUCACCUCCGAGGUUUGGGGCUUCUCUCGCGGAUGGUCGCCGCUGGAAGAAACCACACGGUCCUCCUCCGGAGCGAUGGCACGGCUGUGGCCUGCGGCGACAACGACUACGGCCAGUGCGCCGUCCCCGCGCUGGUGGCGGACCUGGCUUACGCGCAGGUUGCGGCCGGAGAGCGCCACACGGUCCUGCUCAGGAGCGAUGGCAACGCCGUUGCCUGCGGCUGGAAUCGUGAUGGUCGGUGCGACAUCCCUGCGCUGUCGGUCGCUGGGCUGGCCUACGCGCAAGUUGUCGCUGGAGGGAGCCACACAGUUCUGCUCAGGAGCGACGGCACGGCCGUGGCCUGCGGCGGGAAUGGCGAUCGUCAGUGCGACCUGCCAGCGCUGGUCGCGGGCCUGUCUUACGUAGAGGUUGCUGCUGGAGGCAACCACACAGUCCUGCUCAGGAGCGACGGCACCGCCGUGGCCUGCGGCUGGAGUCGUGACGGCCAGUGCGACCUUCCGAAGCUGGCUGCGGACCUGACGUACACGCAAGUUGCCGCGGGAGGGAGCGUCUCAGUCCUGCUCAGGAGCGACGGCGCGGCCGUGGCCUGCGGCGGGAAUGCCUUUGGUCAGUGUGACAUCCCAGGGCUGGUCACGGGCCUGACUUACACGCAGGUUGCAACUGGAGGGUUCCACACAGUCCUGCUCAGGAGCGAUGGCACCGUCGUGGCCUGCGGGUGGAACAUCGUGGGUCAGCGUGAUCUCCCAGCGCUGGUCGAGGAUCUGACCUACACGCGCGUCUCCGCUGGAGGGCGCCAUACGGUCCUGCUCAGGAGCGAUGGUACCGCUGUGGCCUGUGGCGUGGGCCCAAGGCUGAACCAUCUCGUGGACUAUGGGGCCGGCGAACCUGCGCAAUGGUACGGAAGUUCCGAUGGCCUUCAAUUGGAAUGGUGACGGUCAGUGCGAUUUUCCCGAGUUGGCAGUAGGCAUGACUUACGUGGCUCACCUGCUCCCAGUGCUGCUCCUGCAGGCGUCGCUUGACGGUGACUCGAUGCGCUUCGUGACCUUCGGUGGGGCGGAGCGCUGCAGCAUCGGAGCCCGGCCCAGCGCACGCCUCGCAGACAUACACGGCCAGCUCGUGGCCGAACAUCGGGCGGGCAGACUGGGCCCUGGAGUUGGGCGAGUCGACGCGGUCCUGCCUGGGGGCCGGCUGCUCAGCAGCGCCUCGGCCGAGGAGACGGUCGCGGGCGUCCUUGGUGCAGGAUGGUGUCGCUGAGUCGCUGCCCGAGUGCGGCUUCCGACUUGCCGCCAAGGUCGCGCAGCAUGUCAUCAGGGCAUUCCCGUCCUUGGCGAACCCGACCGCCUUCGCAUCUGAUGGUGUUCGUCUGGGAGUUGUCUGCCCCCCUCGCGGACGUGGUGCGGAUGUGCGGAGGCCCUGGUCUUGGCCUGCCCCUUCUCCUCGGAUGCAUCAGAGUUGUCCGCUGAGACGAUCGCUGUUCGCGCGCGAUUGCUGCGGGGUGCUGGCGAAGCGAAAGGGGCUGCUCACGCUGGCUCGCGGUUUCCCGAGCGCGACGCGACUGGCUCGCCCGGUUCGUUCCGGAGGCAGAUCCGUGCACGAUCGCGCCUGCCUAGGCCUAGUGCGCCCAGUCCAUGGCUGGGGGUGCACAGCACCAGCUGGACAUCUGCCUCCCGUCGUGGGCGGCGCUCAACGCAGGGAGGUCGCUGAAGUAUGCAGGGUUCUGGUUUGGGCCUGCUGCAGGCCUGGGUCGCGAGUUGGACGGCGAGGGUUUUGGAUCCGCGGGCAGUCCGGGUUCAUCGUGGGUGCCGAUGCAUUCUGAGCAGGCCGCAGGCAUCUCGACCCACGCGGGCCAGCUGGUGCGUGCGCCGACCAGAUGCCGAUGGGGGGAGUCGGGCACCCUGGGCCAGGUGGCUUGUGCGCCGCGGGGCGCCCUCCCGCUGCCGCUGCGGUGCCCUGCUCUCCGAGCAGGGCGGCCCCCGAGUUCGCUCGUUGCUGCCGCUCUCGACAAAGGCGGCGCGGUCAUCCCGCAAUCCCCAGUGCCAGGCGAUCGAUACUCGAGUGCCUUCGACUGGUUCGUGGUCGGCUUGACCGCUUGCUGGUGGCCCAGAGGAGGGGGCGAGCUUUGGCUCCUCAUCU